AUGAAUAAUAGACUAGCGAACCAAAAUGUAAGAGUGCUUGUCACCCUUGCUCUAAUUUCAACAAUACUAUCGACCGCUGUGGAAAUUUGUCUUUUCGUUUCUGAACAAUAUGUAUUAUACAGAUGCUUUGAAGAAAAAGGCUUUUCUUACGGGCAAUUGUUUGAGGAUGACAAUGAUACGAUAAGCUACGAAGACUUUCACAAAAUGCAAGAAGCCCAUCAGAAAAUAUCGUGGAUAGAAUCUGUGAGUAAUUUUGUGCGUAUGAGUUUUGGAAUGAUAACAGUUAUGAUUAUUGGAUAUAUAUCUGACAAAUUUGGGCGCAAAGUUGCUUUAAAUCUCAUGGUUUUCGGUGAAGCAUUACACAUUGGUUUCACUGGUCUAAUAGUCCUCUUGCAACUGAAUCCCUGGCUGGUUAUAUUCCCGGGUUUGUUUGAAGGUGUAUUUGGUGGUGGUUUAAUUUCUAUUAUUGCUCAAGUAGCUGCAUGUCUAGCCGAUAUAACUAAGCUUCCUGGAUAUUCCACAGAAGAUUUAAGAAAUUUACGUCCUGGUGAGCUGGCUAGACUCAAACGGAAGAGGUGGUUACUGUUCACCAUAUACGAUGGUUUGGCAAGUUUUAGUUUCGCAGCCGGCAGUGGAUUUGGAGGUCUAUUAGUGCAUCGAUUGGGUUUCAAUGUAGCUAUUAUUAUAUGCAUUAUAUUAUUUAUCGCGUCAGCAGUUGGUGUUUCAUUUCAUCCAGAAACUCAUCCGGAUGUAGUACGUAGAAAAUUGGCAUCGAUACAGAGUAAUGUUGACAAUAAAGAAGACUCCGUUAUGGACAUUGACGAUGAUCAACGUUCUAUUGAUUUUGAAAUGGAUGAUUUGAUUACAAAGAUUAAGGAGAAAUUUUCAGGAAUGCUUCAGGCUGUAGAUACCUCCAGUCCCGUAUUGAAAGUAGCCAUGGGAUUAUUUUUUGCAGUAUCUGUAACCAUCAUGGUGGACUUACAGUACAUACAUAUUUAUUUAAUGGGUCCACCAUUUUAUUGGAAUGCUCAGACUGUUGGCUUAUACGCUGGUGUAUCUGAUGCUUUGUCUUCAUGUUUAUCAAUCGCUUUCACUAUCUUAAUAUUUAACUGGGAGCAUAAUCGUGAAGUGGAGCCAAGUAACAAAGAUAAAACCAUAGAAAUAGUCGAAGAUGAGGAUGUACAUCUGACAACAUCGGAAAUUCGAAUACUGUUCAUAAUUACAAGUAUUAUAUUUGCAGGAUUGAGUUUUAUGUUCGUCAAUAAAAUAAUGAUGGGUGUCGCCUUCAUGUUUGCUCUGCCAACUGCUAACCAUAUUAUUUAUGGAGCUUCUGCUUUAAGAUUGGUGAAAAAUGCGCUGAUCCCGCAAAUUCGAGCUAUAAUUUCAUUGGUUACGUCAAAAGGAAAACAAGGAUUUGUCUUAUCACUUUCGGCAUUUAUUUCACGUGUGGGAUACCUAAUUAGUUUGACUUUGUUUCCACUAAUAUAUGGAGCGACAGUAACGAUUUUCCCUGGCACCGUUUUCUUCGUGUGUGCAACAAUGGUAUUAUGCACUAUGAUCUUUGCAAUAACACUUCCGAGAGGCUUGAAACAAAUCCAGGCAAACGGUGGUGUCAAAUGA